AUGGUGGAACUGUGCGAAUUGCACAUGAUGCCCGAUGAGGAUCAAUGGCCUGAUGACAUUGAUGCUCGCAUCGCGGCGCUCAACUUUUGUGGUGAGGAUUCGAUGCUUUUUGAGUCUGUGGAUCCAUCAGUGUCCACGGAUUCGUUGGAUUCGACACAGUUUCGAGAGAGAUGUCAGAUGAAAAAAGAGGAUUUUCAAUUGGCAUUUGCGGACUCUGGACAUUGGCAAUCAGGUAUAAAUGAGAAUUUGACUACCUGGGGACGGAUUCGAUCUUCUGAACCGCUGGACGAACGAACUGCGUCUGCUCCAGACGUCUGGAAGAGGUCGAUUCAUCGUCCGAACUCUCUGAUUGCCAAUUUUGUGUCUGGAGAUGCGGCGACUCGAUUCGUCGAUGUUAAUGAUAAUGAAAUCCGUGAAGCGAAUGAGGAUAUCAUUAGGAAGGAUCGAUGGAGACGUGAUUCGGCACGCAGGAGCUCAAUUACACAGAAAAGAACUUUUGCUGAUAUUCUGGAAAAGAAUGCUUCUGAGCCAUCGUCUGCGGAGACAACGGAGAGAGGGAAACAACCGCCAAAGUUGGAGUUUUUGGCAAUGCAUCAUGAGAUGCCAUCACUCUGUGAAUCCUUCACAGCUUCAUUCCGAGAUGCCAUUAUCAAAACUCAGAAGAGUGAACCACUUCCAUCGAUCACUUCAACAAACGAUUUUCCACUGUUUUUCCAGGAAGAUUCUCCAGAUUCUGGCCUCGGGUGCAGUGGCCCCAGUCACAUCGAGGAUUGGCAAUCUCUUUCAGUGCUUCUCCCAAAACACGUCGCAGAAGCGUGCUCAUUUUUCAAGAGCAACACCCAAUUGCUCACCUCGUCAACAUCAAAAAAUGCGACAACCCAACAAAGCGCCAUCACUUCCUCAUCCCAUCAUCAUCCUCAUUUUUCAUCAAAUUGCAUCGAUCGUCAUCGAAUGCCUGGAAUUUCGGCGUCGGCUAACGAGGCGUGCCGAACGUGUUAUCGAGUACGGAGGAGGAUACACCCUCCAAUUUGGGCUCAAACGGCGCAAACGAAAACGGUCCUUUGCGAUUGUGCCUCCACACCAACCGACACCAAUUUCUCGUUCGCUCCCACAACCUCAACGACUCGCCAUCAAUUGCGCGCCAAGGAGCUGUCCAUCGUUGGGCUGCCGAUUUACGCCGCGAAACGGACACUUGUUGAGAAUGUGGUCGAAGGGGUUGCCACGAUUUCAAGAGGCGAUGGAAUGGAUUUGCUUGUGAUUGCCAUGAGAUCCCUGAUCGAAGAUGGCCUUCUAGAAGGAGUCUCCGCGUGGACAAUGAUUCAAACUGUCACUUCCAAAGGACCAGCCACCAAAGACGUUCAUUCGAUUGUGAAGCAAUUGGAAGAAUGCUCAAAAACUGAUAACGUCAAAGUGGAAAUUUUCUUCGAAGAGCUUAUCAGAGAAAACUCGCUGGACUGCUGGUUGUGCUAUAUUGUGCUCAAGGAGAAGGUGCUGAAAACUCUCUACUCUGACAAUUCGUUCUUGUUGUCUGCUAGCGCGGAGUACAGAACGUUGUUGUGGAGAAUGGUGGAUAGUUUGUCGCUGUUGCCAGUGAUCGAAGCGCGUACCGACUCAAUGACCAACACCCAACCCUACACGAAAUCCAUGCAACAAUGGGGCGGAGCUUCGCGGAUAGCAUCCGAUUCGAGAGUCCCGAAAAGUUCAUCGGUACCCGCUAGACUUGCCACAGCUUCAUCUAGACGGUCAAGGAUACCAUUGUCAACGAGCAGAACCAGCAGCAUCACAUCAGCACCAACCACGCCACGUACUCCAGGAUCCGGCCGGAUCCGUGUUGCAUCUGUUAUGGGUGCCUAUCAACUUGCCAAUUUCUCCCUGUCAGAUGGAGAAAAAGUGCGAGUACUGUCGACACGUGGCGGACUUGCCAGAUGCGUUCGAUUGAUCACUUCGAGCAGUCAAAUCAAUAAUGGAGUGAUCCCAAUUGAGCAUCUUCUAUUCCAAUGA